CAGUAUCCCGCAUUGGGAGACUCACCAUCCUGCCAGCGGAUGGGUUGAUCUGUUCCACAGACUCCUGAUGAGGUGAUUAAUUGGUGAGGACAAGUUGGUGGAUUCGCGCGGGACGGAGGGGAGAGGGUCAGUCAAAUCGCGGAGGGAAGAAGUGACACAGGUGCGUUGAACUCGUCUCCAUCCAUGGGGAAUGUGCAGGAUGUACCCUGCAGGGUGGCUGGAUGUACGCCGUAGGCUUCCGAGCCGGUUGGAGGAUACAAGCGCAAAAAUGUCCGGUCGGCAGCCUGGACGUGGUUCCUAGUCAGACAUACAUGUAGAGCAUGUACCAUCGACGUCUAUCUACUGGGUAUGAGGUACAGUCCCAAAUGACGCUGUGUUGUAGGGAUGAAGGCGCAAUUUUAUUUAUAGUGCCGUGGUUGCUGAGGUCGGGUGUCAUCGAGCAUAUUCUCCGCGUCUUCCUCACAUCCCGAACCCGACGAUCACUGAUCAUCGGGGAUAAACAGCAUUUUGAGCUUAACUGAAGAGAAAUGGCAACCAACAAUACUGUAUGGACCGCCUUCUUCCGUGAACCCAACCUGAGGAGGUCCGCGCCAACAAGCAGAGCGUGAGCGAGUCUCGUGACUCUCAGUCUCAGUCAUGUCACCCUCGGACAAAUUUUCUGAAAAUCUUUGUCUCUCCUCAAGAACCGGGUGCCUGGGGGUACUUGUGACUUCGAUGAGACUUUUCCUCAUUCCAAGAGGGCUGCACGCAAAUGGGUCGAGAAAGGUUGGAACUCGCUCCGGCUGUCAGCUUGCCGAUGAAU